AGAGUUCACCGCUGCGUCGAAAAGUUUCCUCAGACUCGCGAAAGCCGACUCUGAAAGUGUACAGGCGUCAAUUCCGAACACAUGUGAUUUCUCCUCCGCGGUUGUUGGUUUUUUUGUAGUGUUUUCUCCCCUCGCGGAGACGCUGGUGUGACUGGAGCUUACAGGAGUUUACAGGAGUGUACAGGAGCCGAUGCGCCUUUAACGCUUCCUGCCGGUGUUUGAGAAAGAGAACGGGGCUAAACAUGAUGUCCACUGGAAGUGAUAGCUGACACUGUAUAAUGAGAGAGGAUGGAACAGACAGACAGCCCUGCCUCAGAGAGCAACAACCCUAAUGGGUUUGUCAACCGAGUGUUUAAUGUGUCUCUGGAUGUGGAGAAUGAGACCAGCAGUGUUUAUAUUCAGGAGACUGGGCCAGGUCCUGUGGAGGAGCAGGGAGAGAUUCAGGCUGCCUCUUCUCAGACGCCUGUCAAGGAUAGACAGGAGGUCAACCGGAGGCCCCGUGCCACAGGGGGCAUCUGGAAGAUCUUGAACAGAAAAAGAGCUGUCUCCGAGCUGGAGAGGAGACCCCACUCCAUGAUUUUGCCUGGGGAGACCUCUAUUCCUAAACUCUCAUUUGCUGACAAAGUUCGCUCUUUCAAGAAGCUAAAGUCCCCCGCUGUGUUCAGAGGGAAGACGGGGAAGCUGUCCACUGCUAAGUUCACCAGCUCCUUUGUGGAUGAGGACUCUUUCUGCCCUGACAUUGGCACUCCUCAGCAGAUCAGCAGGGGUACAUUUAGGCACAGAGGCAAGAGGCACUCGUACGCCGGCUACACAGCGGAGUUUGACUGCUCGUUUGAAGACAUGGACCUCUCAUCUCAGUUGGAAGGCCAUCAGCCCACUGUAAUGGGAGAAGCCGUGACCCAGAACGGUUGUAAACCCACUGAAAGAGUUUCUUACACGAAAAGAAGCAAUAACGUUUCAGCCAACUGCAACAAAACCACUGCAGGCUGCGAGGAGCCUGGUGUUAAGUGUAGCCCAAGGAUCCAUCCCGGUGGAGGGAGGAGAACCAAGGAUGUGUGGAGUUACCUGAGAAGGAUUUCCCUCUUGGGGAAGACCAAUCCUGUUUACUCGGAGAGGAGUUUUGACUCGGAGCUUCACUCACUGGACAAAACCAUGGACUCGGACUAUGGUUCUGUGGACUUUGAGAACGUCAAAGACAUUCAGCCGCCGCCCCCGAAACACUCGGACACUAAGGGUCACUUUGGCGGCCUGUUCAAGUUUUUCAACAGCGUGGCAGAAUCGGCCAGAAAGUGGCGAACAACGUCACGCUCCUUCUCUCCUCCCGAGGGAGAGAGGACCCACGUGAACUCUCCUCGGGCCGCACAGCGCACAGUGGACGGCAGUCACAGCGUAUCACUGACACUCCAUAAUGAAGGACCUUCGAAACCGCAGUCUACCCCGCCAUCGCCACAGACCGCUAAUUCCUCACACUCCAGUACCUUGGACAGUGUGACGCCGGCACCUGUGACGGGUGGACGGUCCCCCCCAGUGGUCCUGAAAGCCUUCAGGGCCUGCCCGGGAGGCCAAGCUGCCAACGGCCUCACGACUAGUGACGUGGCAGUCCAACCCGCAGACAGAGAACCAGACCACAGGUCCACAGCCAUUGUGGAGAAUCACAUUCCUCAUCCGAAUCCAAACACUGAGGCUAAAGUAGAAGCAGGGGUCAAACGGGAUCAAUCGAACUGUCUCUGUCAAGAGGAAAAGGUAGAGGGACAGACAGGAAAUGAGCAGGAUUCCAGGGAUGCUCAGCUUGACUCCUGCCACUUACAGGAAUUGAACAUCCAAUCACAAGAAGGUGAUAAAGAGAGCACGAGCAAUAGUGUACCAGCAUCAGACUCCACCGAGGAAAUAUUUAAGCUGUGUGAGCAGAUUGCCAGCCAGUCAGGCUGCAGCGCGAGACAGCUGGGUCCAGCCGUGCCCCACUCUAGCACAGAGAAGACCUCUGUACCUCGCAGGCGGUUGCGCCCUCGUCCUCGCCCGGCCUCAGCAAUACUGGACCAGCGGAGGCCCAAUCCAGAUCGAGAGCUCUUCUCCCACUAUAGUGAAGUGGGCUCGCUGCCCCGCCGGAGAUGCAGGCCCGCUUCCACCACGCAGCACUCUCUGGGGCUGGGACGGACGGCUGCACGCCCCAGGCCUUGCUCUGUCAUAGAGAGCAGCGUUGCUAGAGAGAAGCACUCCAUGGAGCUGUACCACAGAGCUUUGUCUCGCCCCCCGGGUGUGUCACCGCUAGAGCCCCCGCACAGGGCAUCUCUGCAGCGGUGUCGCUCCCUGCCACUCCCCCCCAGCACUCUCACUGCCUUGGCACUGCUCCUGCCUCAGACAGCAGAUAUGGGUCAGUCGUCAUCGUCGGUGCGUUUGCGAUCCGGAGGUGCCGGUAGCUGCAGGAGGAGGAGGCUGUUGAGACCUGGAUCAGAACCACUGCAAGUCAACAUAUUGAUAAGUGGAGGUUCAAUCGUCAACGCUGAGGCAGUAUGGGACCAUGUGACCAUGGCGGAUAGGGAGUUGGCGUUUAAGGCCGGGGACGUCAUCAAGGUGCUGGACGCCUCCAACAAGGACUGGUGGUGGGGUCAGAUUGAUGAGGAGGAGGGAUGGUUUCCUGCCAGCUUUGUGCGGGUGGAACCCCACCCUCCUCAGCCCCAAACAAAACAGGUUUUCUAUAUCAACCCUAUAGCAACUCCACGGUUCCAAAACACAGCGUCAAAGCUGUGGGUGAACCAGGAGGACGGCGGAGCGGAGCCGCCCGAGGGGACCAGUGAGGUGCAGAACGGGCACCUGGAUCCCACCAAUGACUGCCUGUGCCUGGGCUCGCCCCUCCAGAACCGGGACCAAAUGAGGGCCAACGUCAUCAAUGAGAUCAUGAGCACAGAGAGACACUACAUUAAACACCUCAAGGACAUCUGCGAGGGCUACCUGCGGCAGUGCAGGAAGCGCGUGGACAUGUUCAACGACGACCAGCUGAAGGUCAUUUUUGGGAACAUCGAGGACAUCUACCGCUUCCAGAUGGGUUUUGUUCGAGACCUAGAGAAACAGUACAACACAGAGGAUCCACACCUCUCUGAAAUCGGCCCGUGCUUUUUAGAACACCAAGACGGUUUCUGGAUCUACUCAGAAUACUGUAACAACCACUUGGAUGCGUGUAUGGAGCUGAGCAAACUGAUGAGGGAUGGCAGGUACCAGCACUUCUUCGAGGCUUGCCGCCUCCUCCAGCAAAUGAUCGACAUCGCCAUCGACGGCUUCCUGCUCACCCCCGUCCAGAAAAUCUGCAAAUACCCUCUCCAGUUGGCCGAGCUUCUCAAAUACACCGCACAGGAGCACAGUGACUAUCGCUACGUGGCAGCAGCCCUGGCCGUCAUGCGGAACGUCACGCAGCAGAUCAAUGAGAGGAAGAGGAGGCUGGAGAACAUCGACAAGAUCGCCCAGUGGCAAGCCUCAGUUCUAGACUGGGAGGGAGACGAUAUCUUGGACAGGAGCUCGGAGCUCAUCUACACCGGGGAGUUAUCAUGGAUCUAUCAACCUUAUGGACGCAGCCAGCAGCGAGUGUUCUUCCUCUUCGAUCACCAGCUGGUACUCUGUAAGAAGGACCUGAUACGCCGGGACAUCCUGUACUACAAGGGCCGCAUUGACAUGGACCGCUACGAGGUGCGCGACGCCGUAGACGGACGCGACGACGACUUCAACGUCAGCGUGAAGAACGCCUUUAAACUGUUCAACAAAGACACCGAGGAGAUCCACAUCUUCUUGGCCAAAAAGCCGGAGGAGAAAAUCCGCUGGCUCCGGGCGUUCCACGAGGAGAGGAAGAUGGUACAGGAGGACGAGAAAAUCGGUUUCGAGAUCUCUGAGUACCAGAAGCGACAGGCGGCCAUGACAGUGAGAAAGGUGACCAAACAGAAAGGUGUAAACAGGUGCACGCCCCCCUCAUACCCGCCCCCCCAGGACCCCCUCAGUGCGGGGCAGUAUGAGGUAACGGAGGACAUGGCACAAGGAGAGGUUUUUGAAUUCAGUCAAUCCAAAAGAGGCCAGGCUCCUUUUUGGCAGAAUUUUAGUAGAUUAGCUCCAUUUAAGAAAUAGAGAAACACGGACUCUCCUUGAAGGACCAGCUAUUUUUAUUAGAAGCACUAAACACUGGAUGAUUAUGUCCCAUGAUGAAGAAAAUAUGAGAAACACACAUACACAAAAGACUCUGAAGUUAAGGACCAAUGCUAUCAUAGAGUUUUGACUGGAAGCACCAAGAGGACUGAAGACUUGGAUUUAAAAAUGGAGAAAAAAAAAACAAAAACACGAUUUUACAGUUCAUAUAUGUUAGUAACGUUCUUAGUUAUCAUGCUUCUCUGUCACAAACUCUUUCCCUUGGAUUCUUCAUAUUCACACCAUCUGAAUGUUCUCGAGUUACUGAGAUUGUUAUAUGAUUUUGUUUGUAAAGACGUCACCCAGAAAGAGACAAGAGGCCGAGCCGGGCCGCUGCUCGCUGUGUGAUUGUGUCCCGAAGCCGAGAUCUUUGCUGCGCUGCUACAUGUGAGAUUAUUUGUUGCAUUCUUUUGAAUGUGAGAUCGGGUGAUGGAGACGUCGGGGCGUAGUCCAUCCCACUGCCGAUCGCAGACUGUUCAGGCCCUCUGAUGUCUACAUCUGGAUCUCCUCCUCACUCUCAAAGCUCCACGCUCUUCUCUUUGAGUAGCCUCCUCUCUCUCUCUUUCUCUGUUUUUUUUUCUCUUUUUACAAAGUCUAGCAUUCAGUCUUCCCUUCCUUCUCUGCAUUCCCUCUCGUCCUCUCUAUCUCUCGAUCCACCUGCUCAGCUUCUGGGGAAGUCAGCGGGCUCUCAGAGGAAGAGCCUCGCUCCUUUGGAAAGCCGCCGCCGUCAGCCGUGAUACGAUGGGUCAGGGAACAAAUCAAUAGUCAGAACAUCAAGGGAAUAUUUACAUCCUUUUUCGCCAACCACUUGUGACAGGGUAUUCACAUCGGCUCACGCUGAGGCGCGGUGCGUUUGGUUGGAGAGCUCGCCGCUCAGAUGAGACAGCUGGGAGCAGGAGAUAGGCUGGUUAUGGUACACCUGCCUCGUGUCACAGCCCCUCCCUCACUCCCUCCCCAGAGACCACUCCUGUAGCACUGUGCUGGCAGCUCGCUGGGCGUUUUCGGAAAAGUGCACAGCCUACCUCCAGGAAUGAGCAGUAAAAGUCAAGCUGACGCAUCGGCCAAGGUCUAAAAAAUCUCUUCUUUUUUUUUAUCCACGUCUUAUUGUAAAAGAAAAAGACUCGACGCUUAAGUUGGUGAUUUUUGUAGUGCGCACACUGUAAGUCGUCUCAUCUGAGUAUGAGUGACACAAAUAUGCAAUGCUACAGUGUGAGAAGAAGCCCCGAGCAGCAUGGGGGUGAUGGUCGAAUCAUAGUUUGAGCACAUUUCAGUUGCUUUUUUUGAGCCAGAAAGGAGAAGACGGCCACUGCAGCAGUGAGCCAGUACUGUGGGGGGGAAAGUGAGAUGAAUCUGUAGCAUGCAGGUGUCCUCUGACAGGCUCGCACGUCACCCACGGCUGCAGCUUCCCAACCUUGGCUCGUGGCCCCCGUCGCGGUGUUUCCCAGAUCUGAUCAGCGCUCUGGCAGUUAGCUCCGGCAACCGCCAAAAGCACUGCGGCCCGAUCAGAUUGAUUUGUUUAAUCAACAAAGCCCCCGAGGCCGCCGCGGCGGAGCACUCCUGCCCCGGCGUUAGAUACGAGAGGAUCUGAGGGACGGAGGAGAAACUACCACCUUACCUCGGCUUCACCGAGGUGUAUCCCCUUCUACUUUUAUGGAAUGUAAGUGAAACAUCUGCCCAUGGUUUGUGAUCAUGUUUUGACCUCAAAAGUGCAUUUUUGUGUUGAAUUAUAUCACCGGAUGGACAGUACAUAUACAGUAUGACAACUUGUGCAAUGUGAUAUAUCAUUAUAUAUCCUCACUAUUCACUACAAUGUGACAUGAAAGAGUUAUAUAUUGUUCUAUGUCAUUUGUUUGCCUUCUUAUAGGCCUUAUAACCUAUUGGAACAAAGACCUUAGAACUGCUUUGUACGUUGUGUAAUUUAUGUUUUGUUUCAGUAAAGAGAGUUGAGAAAUGGGCGAGUUGGCUGCUGGUGUCUGUGGAGAUGGCUCCCAGUGAGAUUGUUUCGGAAGAUAAUUCUCUUGCCUGGCACAGCAAAAAGAUAUGGUUCCCAGGCCAUGAUAACCUCAGGUCCCGUGCUACACCCGCCCCCACGACCACCACUCCCCACGUCUCCCUCACCCCACACGACCACCAGUACCGACACACGGACACAAGGACGCACACACACACCGAGAUGCACAAUCGCACGCACUUGCUGGCCCGUUCUGCUGCGGAGAAGAGAGAUGCUAUCUAACAGUGCCUUCCAGCAUUCCACUAGUGAUUAUCUAUUCAGUUUCACAGGCAGAUUUGAAUUAGUCAUGUAUUUUCCCUUCAGUGCAUUUCUUCCUUUCUCUCUUGCUCUCACACACACUGGGAAUUCCUUGUUUUCCCGGUGCACGUGAUCCACUCAGACAGAACCGUAGAGGUCAGGGCCUUUUCCAUGCGAGUAGAUGUGUCGUCUGACUGAAACACUUUAAAAACACCUUAUUAUAUUCUAUCACACUUACAUAGCAGCAGUUUAAUUGCACAAAAAAGAGACGCUCAUUCUGAUUUCAGAUGUUUAGAAAUAGCAGAAGUCAUUUAUUAUCUAUUUAUCUUAGCUGAAAGACGGCUUAAUUUGAAUAUAUCGUUAGGAGACAGAUUUUCGUUAGUCAAGUUAGGUUUCACAUCUCAAAAUAUAUUAUUGAUAGUGACUUAUGAAUCAAAAGAAGAGUCAUCUAUUUUACCUUUAUCAGCUACACACUGUAAAUACUGUAAAAAGGACAGAUCAUAUAUUUGGAUAUUGGUAUUUUGCGUUGGAGACGAAUGUUGUUCCAGUUCUAGCGUGCGGUAGACCUCAGUACCAGGUAAAUGCAUGCUCGUGGCAUCCGAUAUUUUGCAUGAGACUUAAGGCAACUCUUAUCCAGUUGUUUAGUUUCUUUUAAUCUCCAAAAAAGGGUUUUAUUUUCUCCCUUUAACCAAGCGGAAGCAUUCAUCUGUGAGGCCGUACCAUCUCACUAAAGGGAGUUGUUUUCUCUGUCCACCUGUCUCCUGCUCACGUCGCAUCCGCGGGUCGUAGCCUCCGUUUCUCAUUUAUUGUCAGCCAGAUUGGAUAAUCAAACCCUACCCUCCCCCUCCACCCCCCACCGCCACCGCCACCAAAGCCGAUUCAAAACCUGAACUGCUGAUAGAUGAAACGACGGACACUGAUAUUGUCUCUGCCCAGAUAAACAUGGGUUCUAUGAACUGUAACAUUAGUAAAAAAACCUCUCUUCUUUUUCUUUUUCCUCCUCUGUCAUGCUCCACACUUGCUGGUUAUUUUUGGAACGCCAUCAUCAGCGGAGCCAAAACGGGUAUAAUUUCUCUAUGACAACAGUGAACCAAAUAGGAGUUAGCUCUGAUCACGGGCGCGUGUGUAGAUGUGCAGCCGGGCGGACGAGCCGAAUGCAUUUGAAAGCUCCUCAGACGAGCUAAAAAUAAAUAGGAUCCUGAAGUCGCACGCGCACACAGUACUUCAUCGGCGUUCGUGUCGUGCUCUCGUUUAGGAAAAUGAAGUACACUGACUUGAUUUUACAAAUUUACUCCACUCUUAUAUUUAUUGACAUCAGUAUUAAGGCGUAGCGUUUGGGCCAAACGGUUUAAAAGAUGUAUAUAUCGGUUUUAUUUUUUCUUAUGUAAUUAUCAAUCUGACCUUGAACUGAGCGCUGAGAGGACAGCCUUCUGUUACGGUUGGAAGUCUCUUUUACUUUCUGUCUUUUCAGUCGUAUAAACAAGACAAGCCAAGUUAGCAGACUGUCGGCUGGACGCAUCAGAGGAUGCUCGGGCUGCUGUCGCUUAUCGGUCCAGGUUGUACAUGAGCCAGUCACCACAUCCACUCACGUUUAGCAUAGCAGCAUCUUCAGACUCCUACCAGUUGAUUACAUGGUCCUGUUUCGUUUCCGAAUAGUCAGGGUACAAGUCUUCAACGAGCCGUACGUCCAUGUGCUGCUCGGUGACAUCUGGAAGACGCACACCCCUCCUUUGGAAGCUGUUCAUUGUAUAUUUGCAUCUAGUUUAAGGUCUGGAUUUUUUUCCUUGCACAGUAGAUUUUACUCUCAGUAUUGACAUCCUUUGACUUCAUAUGCAAACAGUUUUCACUUUCUUUUUUUUUUCCUUCUUCUUUUGCUGGCCUUUGAGUUUAUUUGUUGUACAAAUGAAAAACCUGAAAAAUAAUGCCUAUUCAAUCCAGAAACUGUGAAUGGGAGAGUGGAGAUGUCAACUGUAUGUACAUUAUAUGUUUUGAUGUAAUCAGAAGCACUGAGAAUAUGUUGUACUUCGCUGUAAAGAAAAAAAAAAAACAUAUCUGAUAUAGCUGUACUUUUGUUGAAAAUAAAACCGCUACAGAACUGCAUGUCAAGGCGUCAGAGUGUGAGUGGGAGCAUUGUGCCGGGCUUCCUGUCAUGUGACUCCAUCUCCUGUUUGUAGGCCAUUCCAAACAGCUGACACAUGCACGGACGGACACACUGCAGGGGACAGAUU